UAGCUUUCCUUAUUGGAAAAGGCUGGAUUUGGAGGUGCUCUUCUAUAUAUCGAUCCUUGUGAUUUACCAAAGAUGGCAAAUCUCAGUGCUGAGACCUUCGUGGUGUCCCUGAAUCCGGGAGGAGACCCUUCUACGCCUGGUUACCCAAGUGUCGAUGGAAGCACUAGAAAGAAACAAUCAAACCUCACCUCACUGUUAGUACAGCCCAUCUCUGCUUUCCUGGUUGCAAAACUGAUCUCUUCACCAAAAACUAGAACCAAAAACCAUGUCUGCAGCCCUUUAGAGCUUCCAAAUAACGAAGUAAGAACUGUCAGCAUGCAAGUUCAGACAGUCACACAGUUCAAAACAGUCACUAAUGUUGUUGGACGCGUAAAGGGCCUGACAUCUCCAGACCGAUACGUCCUGGUUGGCAGCAGGCAUCACACAGCGUUCGGUCCAGGUGGACAAGCCUGGGGCAGCAGCACUGCAGUCGCCACCGCCUUCAUCCGGGCCUUGAUGCUCAGCGUGAGCAGAGGCUGGAGGCCCGCCCGCACCAUCGUGUUCUGUUCGUGGGGAGGAACGGAUUUCGGCAACAUUGGCUCCUAUGAAUGGGGAGAGGAUUUCAAGAAGGUUUUGCAGAAAAAUGCCGUGGCCUACAUCAGCCUCCACAGCCCCGUGAGGGGAAACUCGAGUCUGCGUCCCGUGGCUUCGCCGUCUCUACAGCAGCUGGUAGCGGAGAAAAAUCGUUUCACCUGUACCAGAAGAGCUCAGUGCCCAGAGACCAACGUCAGCUCUGUACAGAUACAAGGCGAUGCCCAUUAUUUCAUCAACCAUCUUGGCGUCCCCACCGCGCAGUUUGCAUACGAGGACAUCAGAACCUUACAGGGACCGAGUUUUCUCUCCGAGGCACUUUUUCCUACACAUGCAACAAAAAUUGAAGAAUUGGAUCCUUUUUUCAACCUUCAUGAAACCAUUACCAAGCUUUCAGGAGAAGUGAUUUUACAAAUCGCCAACGAACCCGUUUUGCCCUUUAAUGCUCUUGAUAUAGCUCUGGAAGUUCAAAACAGCCUUAAAG